AUGGAUGAUGGACAGGUGGUAGCUGCAGACACACAGCUGGCCAGGCCCGGGGCCGUGUGGCUGCACACGCACAUUGCCUGUUCCCGUGGUGUCACUGUGUGGCUGGCUGCCCUGGCCCUGCUGGCAGCCCUGGGGCAGUGCCGGGGGCUGCGGCGCGCCGGGGGCGGCUCGGGCCACUCUGCCGUGCGCUGCUACAGCGGGGCCGAGCUGGGGGACGAGGCUCCCGCCCAGCUGCUGGGCCGCCGCCUGCGCUGGGCCCGGCACGUCCCGGUGCAGCUGGUACCGCGGCUGGAGCGGCCCGACCCGGCGGGGCCCCCGCCCGCCUGCCCCGCGCUGCCGCUGCGCGCCGGGCUCCGCGGCGAGCCCCACGAGCGCUCCAUCUCGCCGUGGCGCUACCGCAUCGACGAGGACGAGAACCGCUACCCGCGCAAGCUGGCCUUCGCCGAGUGCCUGUGCAGCGGCUGCGUGGACGUGAAAACCGGCCGGGAGACCACGUCGCUCAACUCGGUGACCAUCCAGCAGACCAUGCUGGUGCUGCGGCGCAAGCCGUGCCCGCGGCCCGCGGCGCCGGGGCUGGUGGCGCUGGAGGUGGAUUACAUCCGAGUGCCCGUGGGCUGCACCUGCGUCCUGCCCCGCACGGCGCGCUGAGCCCGCCCCGGGCACCGUGCCACCCCGCCCGUGCUUGUUUUAGAGCACCCGACCCCGCCGGGGCGUCCCCUCCCUGGUUAUUUAUGAGUUAUUUAUAAGCCUUGCUGCCGGGGGGCUUUUUGUACCCUCUAUUUAUUGCUGACCCCCACCACCCCGCCCCAGCCGCGGCUGUGACUGCGGGGCCAGCAUCGCCCCACGGCCAGACGCUGUGAGUGCUGCACUCGCUGGUUAUUUAUUCCCCCAAAAAGGUAUUUAUUGUCUCCUGCCUAGUGCUAUUUAAUGCUGCAAAUAAAAGCCAACAACUCCUGGCACAGCCCUCGCUCUGUUCCCAGCCAGGGCGUUGGGAUGUGGGGAAUUGGGGCACAGGGACAGAGGCACAUCCACGGGCAGUGCCAGCUGUGGGACACCCCUGAGCCCCUGCACGGUGGGCAGAGCACCAGUGCAGCAGGGCACGAUGAACUGGGAGGUGCUGGGAGGGCGGCAGGGCACGGGGGUGCCCCACACCGCCAGCCCGGGGGGGACCCAGCCCUGGCACCCCGACACCCACACCUUUCCCACGGCUCUGCCCCCGGGCACCACAUCCCACGGAGCCGGUGCCACCUGCCAGGGCCACUCCACCUGUGCUGGCAGCACCUCGGGGGACCCUGGGCCACCUGCAGCCCCUCAGGGGGCAGGGUCUGUGUGGGGAGGGGGCAGAAGGGGCCUGGAGCAGCUGCUGAUCCCAGUGGGAUCCAGGAUUUGGCACCCACAUCACACCGGGGAACUUGCAGCAGCCACCAGUGGCACUGGGAAGGGAAAUGCUCCCCACAUUCCCUGCUGGGGGUUAUCCCAGGUUUUGGGGGCUCCUUUGGGACUCGCUGUGCAGCUCCAGUGUGGGGCCCUCCCAGUUCCUCCCCACUGCUGGCUCCACAAGGAUUUUGGGAGAGGACCCUGCCAUGACCAUACUCU